AACAGGAGUUAUUGUUACGCUGACGCUACAACUUUAAACACAGUUGGGCCAGCUCGCAUUCCCACGUUUUCUGAAGACAUCAAGAGACAGUUCUAGCCAAUGCUGUGGGCUGAAUGCUUGGCUGAAGCUGAAAAGGAUCCUCUCUAAAGCGGCGUCUUUGUACGAGCCACCAUGGUACGCCUGACCAUAGAUCUGAUCGCUAAAUCCAGAAACCACUUCAAAAAGAAAAGGGGCCUCCCCUUCCCAGAGUACCUCAAGACACUCACCCACCUCCACUUUUUCAGCAAGAGCAUUGAAGACAUUGGUGAUCUCUCCAUGUGUAGAAACCUCACCGUUCUUUACUUAUAUGAUAAUCAGAUCACACACAUUUGCAACCUUGGCUUUGCCUCCAACCUCACCCAUCUUUAUAUGCAGAACAAUAACAUCACUCAUAUAGAUAAUCUCUCCAAUCUGCAGAAACUCUCCAAACUGUAUCUGGGUGGAAACAGGAUUGCAGUGGUGGAGGGCUUAGAGACACUCUGUGAGCUCAAGGAGCUUCAUCUGGAGAAUCAGAGGCUGGCACCAGGGGAGAAGUUGCUCCUUGACCCCAUGACUCUCCUCUCACUGUCUGAAUCUCUUUGUGUCCUGAACAUAAAUAACAACAACAUUGAUGAUAUCAGGGACCUGGUGGUGCUGAAGGAACUCCAUCAUUUUUCUGCUGCUGACAAUAGAUUGUACAAUAUUGAGGAGUUAGAGGAUGUGUUCAGCCAUUGGCCUCAGUUGCUUCAAAUGGAUUUGGGUGGAAAUCCUGUGUGUAAAAAACCAAAGUACAGAGACCGCCUAAUAACCACGGUCCAAAGCCUGCAGGUUCUGGAUGGCAGGGAGAUUAACGAGUUAACCAGACAGUUCCUUAUUAACUGGAAAGCAUCCAAAGAGGCCAAGAAGAAAAAAAACAACAAACAUUUGAUGACGGGUCCGUUUAUCCCCUGUCCCAUAGCAAAUGACUUUAACGUGUGUUACGGUCUACGUCCCGGCCGCAUCUACAGCCACGCCGACGUGCAGAGAUGGAAGCCGCAGCAGUCUCUCAGGGGACAAAGAUUUAAGAUUCCUACGAGCGGACAUCUCAUUCAUGUGCCUGCCUCAUCACCCAUCUGCGGUCAUGUGGAUGCUUAAUACAAACCUACCAGUCCACUGAAAUCUCCACCUCCUCCACACAUGCAGGACGCACCCUGCUACUGCCUAGUUUAAGCGCUUUAGUCAUCAUCGC